AAGAUAUUUACCGACCAAGAGUUUCUGUGAAAGUUUGCAGCUUUCUUGUUUCCUUGGAAAACAGACCAGAAUGUAAUCACUGAGAUGAAUGGUGAACAUAUUCAAUUGAAGACUGUGAUUUCAUUUCAUCCUUUGUAACAUCCAGAUCUUCUCAACUUCCAAAUUUUGGAAAUAUAUUCCUUCGCAACCAGAUGUCCGAAAAUAUGGAGGACGACACAGCUAUCCUUAUUGGAACUCCAAUGGCAUUAAAAGGAAUGGAGUUCCCCAAACCAAAGCCCCCUUCCAGCGAUUAUUCCAGCAACAUUAUGAUCAAACGUUUACCCUUCCUCGGUCGUGUUCACUUUGUGAAUGACACAAUGGGUAUUCUGACUCUAGCGUUUACAGCACUGUACUGGGUCUACGGGACCUGUGUAGGGUUAUUUAUCAUACUGGUACCGCGUUAUCAUGAUGGCCAAGUCUCUGUGCUCUUUAUCAUUGGUUAUUCUAUUAUUUCUGUGAACUGUAUUGUUGCAUUGUUUCGAUGUGCGACCACCAAUCCAGGCAGAGUUCCUCUAUUGGAGGACCUAUCUGGCAUCAAUACAACUGACUGGUAUUUUUGUGAUAAGUGUCAGAGAAAGCGUCCCCACCGAGCGCACCACUGUCGGCGCUGUCAACAGUGUGUGUUGAGGAUGGACCACCACUGUCCCUGGAUAAAUAAUUGUGUGGGAGAGGAAAACCAUUUCCUGUUUUUACAGCUGUUGUUAUAUUCCAUGCUGCUGAGUGGCAGUGCCUUUGUCCUGUGUCAGUUACACUUCUGGUACUUCCCUCCCUGUAUAACCUGUGAUAAGGAGGGGUUCUUUAUCAGAAACAGUAUAUGGUUUUGUUACUUACUGACGGCCAUGGGUGUUGGCAUGGGAGCUUUUAUGGCCGCCAAUCUGAUGGGUCAGCACUUCAACCUCAUUAUGGACAGGACAACAUUGGAAAACAUGGGACCAAUGCCACCACUGUCAGAGAUUCAGAUGCGUCCGGAAAUCGUGGCAUACAGAGAGGUUUGUGGAAAGGGUUCGUGUGUCAACUGGCUGAAUGUGUUCAGGCGCCGCAGGUUGAGGGAGUUCCAGUCCUUUUCUCACGUGUAACACAGUACAAAGGUUAUCAGGAGGUGAAAGGUCAAAAUCUGUACCAGAAAAACAGUCAAUAUUUAUACAGGGUGAAAGGUCAAUAUAUGUACAAUAUGAACAGUAGAAAUAUGUUCAAUGUGACUUAUAACGAUCUGUUCAUGAUGAGUGGUAAAAAUAUGUUUGAAAUAAUUGGACAAGAUCUUUUACAGCGUAACAGGGCAUGAUCUUUACAGGUGAAAGGUAAUAAUUCAUACAAGGUGAAAGGUCAAGACCUGUACAGAAAACUUGAUGUACUGUGUACCUUAGUCUUGAGCAUUAAACCUCAUUAACCCAUUCACCACUGCGGACCAUAAUGGACUCAUCCAGAUCAGUGCAUGGUAGAGUUUACUAAAGUUACAUAGGGGUAAAAAGGUUAAGUAGGACUCACAAUCGGAUCAAAAUUCUCCAGACAAUUAUCCUUCUGUAACAAUUUUUUCCUAUAACUAUAACAAUUUUGUCACAUGUAGCUGAAAUCCUUUUUCAUCCUGAAACCAAUUGGUCAUAUUAAUGGUGUUCUUUGGUACUCAUUCAUGAUAUACACAGUAAAAAUUAGCAUUAGUAUUUAUUACAUAUUUGUAGAACUUGAUUUACUAGGAGACAGAAAUGUAACAAGAAACAUGAACAAAAUGCUCACCCCUUUUAAACACAGCAUACAUUUGUUUAAGGCACAACAUUUGAUAGUUUAUGUUACAGUGAAAUGGAAUCUAAUGUUGUCCAUAUUUUAUUAUUUGCCAAUCUUUUGAAAUUUCUAUUGAGGAGAUCUUGCAUGCUCAAAAUUAAAAACAUAAAUGAAAUGUGUUUAUAUACCCCAAGGAAAAAACACCUUUAAAAUUGAGUUGUUCCUUCAAAAAAAAUAUGAUAGGUCAGGUCAUAGUUUACAAAUUCACUGGUUGAAAAUAUCAAAUUAAAGAGUCCAGAAUUGGGAGAUUUCUUCCAGAAUUUUGCGUAUAUGGUCUUCACAAUAAGUGAACACAGUAAAGACAGUAAAACCUUGUUAUACUGCCAAGUUGGCAAAUCAAACGAUGGUCGUUAUUACGUAGUUACCGCAUCGGAUGGUAUUACAAUUUAGUAUUUCGUAGGAAUUGGAGAAAAACAUUACAAGUCAAACUUUUGUAUUUCUAACCAGCAUCGUUUGAAGUCAAUUAUAGACGUUGCUGCAUCAUUCACUAACAAAAGUAACAACUGAUUAACAAUAUACAUGCACAGGGUGAUAUUUUGCAAUAUUUUUCUUAUGUAAAGUAUAUAAAAUGCAUUCCUUCAAACUUUCUUUCAAAAUCUAAUGUUGAAUCAUUUGUUAUCGAAACUCGGGUGUAAAAAAAUAUCUACUGAUCAUCAUUUUUCUCUUAUUUCAUGCCACAUAUGGGAUAGUGGGGUACAUUGUAUAACAUGAUUAUUAUGUUUCAUGGAUACACUGUAAAGAGGGGUUUUACACCCCAACUUCAUUUUCGUUCUUUUAUUAAAAAAAAAUAAAAAAUCUCUUUGAACAAAAUGUUGAGGGUGCAUUCAACAUGAGGUAAAAAUUGUGAUAUAUAUAGUUUUGUGGUUUUGAAAUACCCGAGGGUGACCACAACAAGGUGUGAAUUCAUUUUAAAAAAGCCAGAAGACAAAAGAUUGGUGGAGCAAGGAUGUUAUGGCUAACAUUAGCUCUCUGUAGGUAAAAGUUUUUCUUCUUCCAAUAAUCUGCAUACCUCCUCUGGUGUAGUGUCUUUUGACACAAUUCUGUAAAAAUCUUAAUAUUUUUCCAACCGGUAUACUGUAAAAUCAUAAAUUUUCGUGGGAGAUUAAAUU